CCCGCGAAGAGUCAAUUCCAUUUGCUGACGCUAGUAAUGCACCUGCCGAACGUCAUGCUACGUAAUUAAUAUUCAAGAGCCUUCACCUUAUUGGUAAACGCGCCUGGUUUUGCGCAUGCGCAUGGGAGUGUACGAACACUUAAAUUAGCUUGCUAGUUUACCUGAAGUUCAUGUUUGGUUCCCCGGCAUUCAGUUUGGCAGUGAUUUGUUCUGGAUAUACGCGUGUGAAUUUCAUACAGUCGACGGAAAUUUCUUCUACAACUUUAGUGUUGUAAUUUCAUUUGCAUCCGCGAUCACGAAAUACGAUUUCAGUCAUGCCCAGCAUCUCCAUCCCAGCUCCUCCUCCUCCUCCUCCUCCUCCUCCUCCUCCAGUCAGCGGUGGCUUUGACUCGGGCCACAAAAACCCUCUUCGCAAGCUCAACUGGGAGCAGAUCCCCAGAGAGCGCGUGGAGGGCCGUGAGAGUGUGUGGACCGGCUCUCUGGAUGAGGACGGUGACCUCUCCAUCGACCUCAACUCUCUGAACGAGCUCUUUGGGCAAAAAGAGGGCGGCAAGCCAGACCAGGCCGACGGCUUUCGGCGUAGUUUGAGGCGCAGCAGGUCUUCACAGGACACCAGUGUGGACAAAGUUACGCUGCUUGACUCAAAGCGCAGCUUGAAUGUUGGGAUAUUUCUGCGGCAGUUGAAAAUUGCUGCUCGGGAGAUUGUGGAGGAUGUGAGACGAGGAGCCGGAGAGCGUUACGGAGCGGAGAAACUGGCUGAACUCUGUAAGCUACUGCCUGAUAAUGAAGAGGAGGCCAGGCUGAAAAAGUUCAGCGGUGACCGUAGUUUACUGGCCGAGCCGGAUCUCUUGGUUCUCUUGCUGGUGGAGUUACCCAGCUUUCGCAUGCGUCUGGACAUCAUGAUCCUCCAGCAGGAGUUUGACCCUGUGGUGAGCUCUCUCUGUGUGACGGCCAGAUGUCUGCUGGAAGCGGCUCAAGAGCUGCUGAGCUGCCCCGAGCUUCACUACAUCCUGCGACUGGUGCUCAAGACGGGAAACUACAUGAACGCUGGAGGUUACGCUGGGAAUGCUGCUGGAUUCAGGAUUACCUCUCUGCUCAAACUGACCGACACCAAAGCCAACAAACCAGGCGUGAACCUCCUCCAUUUUGUUGCCAUGGAGGCUGUGAAGAAGGACAAAGACUUGCUGAUGUUUCCCAGCCGCUUGAGUCACGUCGGUCCAGCUUCAAGGUUGUCAGAAGAGUCUGUGGUGGAGGAUCUUUCUCGACUACAAAGCCGAGUCUCAGAGCUCAGAGUCAGAGCUCAGGUAGAUGCUGAAAUCCAGCUGCAGACCAGAGCAUUUCUAGAGGUUGCGGAGGUGAGGCUGAAGGAAGCUCAGGAUGAGCUGGAAAGCUUACAGAAGAGCAGCAAAACUCUAGUGGAGUUCUUCUGUGAAGAUGACAAGACCUUCAAACUGGAGGAGGCCUGUCUGAUCUUCCAUGGCUUCUGCCAUCGCUUCCAGAGAGCCGCACGGGAAAACGCAGAGAGGAAGCUGCGGGAGCAGCGGCGUUUGGCACGUGAGCGUGAGAAUGUGCAAAAGCUCCGUUCCUUGGGACGACGUGUGGCACCAGAAGCGGAUUGGGACUCAUGUGACCUGGAGCUCGCGCUACAGAGUAGCUUCAGUCACACGGGGAGCCGCCGCAGUCACAGACACACUCCGUACAUCCAGAGAAACAUGAAAUCUGACCGCCAACGGCACCCUAACUCAAACCUCCAUGUUCUCAGUCCCAGAGGAGUCACCAGAGGCUCGCCACUUACAGGACUUUCCCUGAGGAAGAAUGAUGUCAACACUGAGGAAACUGAACAAGCUCAGUGUUACAGCACAGAUUCAGCAGUGAACGUGCGUCGAGAUGCGACGGCUUCACCAAACACUAGGAAAAGCCGUUCUAGUUUGAAUACAAAGACAGUUUGCAGUUAUAACGCUUCAGUUGCGCUACCAGAAACGAGUAACGCAUCACAUCAGCAAGGGGCGGAGAGCGUCUCGUCCCUCACAGGACAUUAUAAGAAGGAUUCCUGUCUGGUGAAGACACCUGCUGAAAGACUGCUGAUACCUCGAGGAGGAACCUCCAACAAGAGCAGGAUCCCAAAGGCAGAACCGUCUCCUGCUGACGCUUUGUUCACUAGUCACAUAUUGUGCCCUUCCCCUGUAUGUCCCACAUCCAUACGCACAUCGCUAAUGACACGCUUCACUGCUGCCCGAAAUGAACUCCAACACAACGGUGGUGCGCAGCAGAAGGUGAACGCCCCGUCUGAUACGGGGAAACUAAAGAGUGACGCUGGAGAGAAGUUGAAGCAGGACGAGGACAAACGUCUAGAGCCCAACUCUGAAUCCCAGACUCCCCUCUCCAUACACCGUCCCGCCGCUGCUACGACUGCAAAGACCGUCUCAGUUUGUGCCUCACUUUUCAAGACUUUGCUUCUCGUCGGCUCUGAAAGUUUCGGGAGAGUCACGUCCAGCACUGUGUUCGGCUGCACGUUCUACCUGUGAAGAGCAGGUAACGCUGCGUCAGAAGAGACGUUUGGCACAGUUCCUGCCACAACCUUCUGUCAGUAAUACACAUUGUAAUGUUCGCUCUUUAUCACAAGACAUUGAGUUAAUGUUGAAGCAAUAGAGCUGUCAAACAGACCACAGUAAGAGACUGAAGUGAAGAGUCAUGUGAUGAAGGACAUGAACCUCUGUAGGCCGUGUGAUUUUAACUUGAUCUUUGAUUCAGGUCAAACUGACUCUGUACUUUAGUUACAGGAACACAAUUAUGAUGUUAAACUUAAAUAAAUGUGAUGUGUAAUAAUUCAAGAUCCCAAAGCAAACAUGUUGAAGUAAAAUCGAGUUCAGUUUCCAUUUGUACAUGUUGAGUUUCUUCAACUUUGAUGCACUUUACAGAUGAAAGAGAUUUAAUGUGAUAAUCUGCUGCUCUUCUGUGUUUUCUCUCUAUGAAAUGUUAAAUUAACAAUGUAAUAUUUGUAUUUGUAAAUGAGGUGAAUUUGAAAUAAAGGCUGAAUUGAUUGAUCUGACUCUGUUUCAUCAGCAUUGUGUUUUUGAGGGGAUAAUUAGAUGUCAAUGGACUGGUUUAAACUGAGUUCACACUGUACGUUUCAGUGAAAUGUCAGCAUUUGCUUCAAAAUGUAUUACUUUUGCACAAGAGGAAAUGUUAAUAACUGUAAACAAGUGAAAAACAUGAAAAUAUUCCAGUAUAUUGGGGUUAUACAGUGU